GAACAGUAGGAUCAGAACGUCACUGUUGUGUUGUUUUUCGGUUCAAAAAUCAAGAAAAAUAAGGGACCGAGAACACGCGAACAAAGGAAAUUCUUCACACAACCUAUAUUUGACCGAAAAAACCACUUUAGUUGGGAACAAAAAUGUUUCGAAAGCCACAGAAGCCUAGUUCCGGGAAGAAAACCAAUUUGUCGCAAUUUGGACUACUAGACAUAGACCCUAUGGAUGAUGAUGAUGAGCCAAUGGGUGGCUCUGAUGAUGACAUGGACUUAGAAGCAGAGCUGGCAGCCAUCAGUGGUGGAGGUGCUAGGCACCGGCCACGGAAACCGGUCUCUGUGCUAGCAGCGGACUUGGAUGCCAUGAUUGCUGCAAGUUUGAAGGAUAUACCGUCAGAUGAUGAGGGAUCUGGCGAUGACGAUGACCCAGAGCUUCUCAGUGAGCUGCAAGACCUGACCUUAGACGAGGCACCUGCACCUCAAGCACCAUUGCCUCGUGUCGCCAGUGCCGAUAGCAGCACCAUAAGUCUACUGCAGGAUCGGAUCACCAACUAUACUGUUGCUGAGAAAAACGCCAAGGCUGCUGGUGAGAGCAGCCGCGCUAGGAGAUUCGGGCGAGGCCUAAAAACACUAAACGACCUCCUGAAGCAAGCGAAAGCCGGCGCCACAAUAGCCAACGACGACAUCCCGCCGUCCGUGGUGGUGGGCGCGGCGGCCCCGGCGGCCCCCGAGCCGGCCCCGGCGGCCCCCGAGCCGGCCCCGGCGGCCCCCGAGCCGGCCCCGGCGGUCCCGGAGCCGCUAGCGCCGCCCCGCGUGCCCGCCCGGCCCGCGCCGGCGGUGCCCGAUAGUCCCAGUUCACCCCCGCCCCUCUCGCCGCCGCCCCCGCUGCCGGUGUCGGAGGCCCCGGCGCCGCCGCCGCGCGCCGCCAGCCUGCGGAGCCCUACUGAGCCUCCGCCGCCGCCCGCCGACCCGGCUAAACAGGAGGGCUUACAGACUAUACUUAAACGCAAGGAGGAAUUCAGGGCCGCGGCCCUAGCCGCCAAACACACAGACAAGCGGCUCGCAUUAGAGUAUCUCAAGGUCGUCAAACAGUUCGAUAUGGUGGCCGAGGCGUGGAAAUCCGGACAAGAGAUGGAUCUGAACGAGUUGCCCACUCCUGAAGCUAUCGCUGCGGGUUUCAAGGCCCAACAGAAGGGAGAAGACCAGACGCAAGGCGCUACAGAAGCACCGCCCGAAGCACCAGCACCAGCACCUGAAGAAGCGCCCGCGCUCAUCACAGCGACCACAAUGGCGGAGGCCCUCAAACAGAGGCUAGCCGGAUUCCAGGAGCAAGAAGCCAAAGCUAAAGAACAGGGUAAUUCUUCAAAAGCGCGUCGCAUGGGUCGCAUAGUAAAGCAAUACCAAGACGCUAUUAAACUACACGCGGCAGGCAAGCCGGUGCCCGUUGACGAUCUACCGCCUAUUGCUGGCUACGGACCUAUACCUACUGAUAGUUCGCACUCUGCCCCCUCCCCCUCCCCGGCGGCGCCCCCCCGCCCCGCCCCCGCGCCCCCCUCGGCGUCGCGACAAGCCUCGCGCUACGACAAGCAACUGGCACUAUUAUUGCAUAGGCAGAAGGAGUUCAGAAACGCCGCGAUCGAAGCUAAGAAAGCUGGCAACAUUGAACAAGCAAAAGAAUACUUACGGGCAUCUAAAGGCUUCGACGCCGUGAUAGACGCGGCGAAAGGCGGACUUGUCGUCGAUUUGAAAUCUCUCCCACUGCCUCCUACGGCCAAGAAACAGCUUGAGCAUACUUUCGACGUAGUAACAGCGGAAGACUGCACACCGCCCGACGACGAGCCAAUCACCGGCUCAGACGACAACAUCUUAACCAGGCUACACCAACAGCUAACCAGCCAGUUAAAGCUGUGCCAGGCUAAUCGCGACCACAAUAGGGCCAUGGGGAAUAUAGCAGAGAUGAAUAGGUUCGAGAAUCUUGCCGUUAGAGUGAAACAGGAUUUAGAUGUCGUUGUUGUUGCUAAAAGUUUAAACCAAAACCCACCGAAAUUCCACUACGAGUCGCGACAGUUCGCCGUGGUGCAAUGCAAUACGGACCUUAACGAGAACGACUUAGAGCUCACAAUAGUCCGCGGGAUCGCGUACAACGUGCCCAACCCUAAGGAAGUCGACACUUACGUCAAAUUCGAAUUUCCUUAUCCACAAGACGCGCCAGUAGUAGACCGCACGUCACAAGUGAAAGACACCAACAACCCUGAGUACGGGGCGGUGUUCCCUCUCGCCAUACACAGGGCGGCCCGACCUUGUCUCCGGGUCUUCAAGAGGCAUGGCAUCAAGUUCGAGGUCUAUUCCAAGGGCUGCGUGGGGUGCGGCGCUCACGACCUUCUGUGUUGCAGCGGCUGGUUCUCCAGGGACUCGCCCGUGGGCUCGUGCACGGUCAAGCUGGCGCCGUUGGAGACGCAAGUUACAAUACAUGAGGCGUUUCCGCUCAUGGACGGCCGGCGGCCAGCAGGCGGUUCCCUAGAAAUCAAAUUGCGCGUGCGAACUCCACUCCAGCAACAACAGAUAGAAAGCACCACGCACCGCUGGCUCGUUAUAGAUAGUUAAGAAAUUUAAUGCUUCAACCCCACACUGAUACAUUCACAUAAUAAUUAUGUGACAUGACUCACAUGACAUACAUAUUAUGUACGAUUCCCUCCGACCGGCUAGAGUCGGAAUGUGCCUAUACAUUAUCAAAGACAGAUAUAACUCCGUAAUAGAUGGAUACAGUCUAAAGAAAAAACGUGCCUCGAAAAUCAAGAAAAUUUGAUUCUCGAUCAGAUGGCGCCACUACCUUUGCCCUACUCUCGUAUAGAUGACGAUGACGGUUUCGUUUGUUAUUUAACAAUUUUAACGCAUAUCAGUGAAAGAACAUGGCUCAAAAACGUCAAAAAUCAUCAAUACAUUUUUUGAUAUUUUUAGUUUUAAUCGUGUGUCGAUAGAUGGCAGUGAAUUUACUGUAGCUACAAAAUUUACUAUGACAGUACCGCUCUAUCCUAUUAUAUCCUCUUUGACAUUAUAUAUGGAAGAAGCGAUGGCGUCCGUCCGGAGCCGUCCGCGUCCGCGAGCAGCCGACCGCGGCCGUACAAAUGUGAAAUGCGCGCUGUCUCCGCCCGUUCGGUGGGAAUCAUAUUUUAUGCGUGCGUAGACUUCGCCUAUGCUAUAUUAACAUCAUUGCAUUUGUCUUUGCAAGUAUUGAUGUCUGGACGACUAAAGGAUGUAUAUGUAUUUAUAUAAGAAUUGGAGGUUUAUGGUCACAUUUCAACCCUAUGAGGAGUUAGCUUGGUCAGACUAGGCAUGAAAAGAAGGGCCUGAAAUUCUUUGAUAGAGAAAUAUAGUCUUAUUGCGAUUCCUAUAAGAGGAAAGAGAAAAUAGUGCCAUGCUUUGUCUUUACCACCGACCGGGUGGCAUCAUAGGUAGGAGGCGAAAUACCGAAAUUUAUAAGAGUGAAAGAGAAAAAAUCCUAUGCUGCACAAUUUUAUAUGAAUAUUCUUUCUUUUACCCCCGGUCGCUCGGUGGCGUGUCUAUAACUACUUGUAUAUACUAUGUCUAUGCAUGAAAAUGAAAACGUAGCGCCAUCUAGUGAAAUCUUUAAGAAGGUUAAAAUAAAUGGCACUGUACUUUUAUUUCUAAGGCUAAUACGCCUUUUAUUAUAGUUUUGUGCCUGUGACAAGGGUUUAAAACCCAAUUUUUGAAAUGAUACUCUUCGUUGACAGUUGCCAUACGCACAUAACGACUGGUAAGCGUUAUCAGCAACGAUAAUAAAACUUAAACUAAACUUUUAAAGGUAUUUGUUCUAAUGCUAUUUAGUUUUAACUUAGGUUUUGCACCUCUUAAUUGGUUAAUUUGUGUGUCAUUUCUCCACUACCUAAAGGUUGUCUGGAAGAGAUCGCUCUAUAGCGAUAAGGCCGCUAUUGUUUACCUCUGUCUUCAUGUAUUAUUUGUGUUUUCAUGUACAUUUAUUCUGAGGUUGUGCAAUAAAGAGGAUUUGUAUUGUAUUGUAUUGUAAGACAGCGUUCUAUAGAGAUUGUCGGUCUACUCUAUUCACUUGCCUCGGUUAAGAAAUAAUAAUUAGUGUUAAAGUUAAAAAUAACCGUGAAAAAAUGGUUAGUUUGUAAAUUUUUUGAUACGAACAGAUAAUUUACAAUUUUUUUUUACAAAUUACAAAUAAUCACAAUUUUUUUGCAGUGGCGCUAGUGAGCACUUUGAUGGGCUCUUAAAAUGUUUGGUUCGUGAUUAUUUUGUAUUUUAUUCAGGCCAGUGUGAUUCGUAAUUUUUUUUAUAUUAUUUUAGUUAUAAUUAUUUGUUAGAUCUGUUUAUCAAUGCAAAUGUAGCACGCUUAAUAUAUACUUACAUCUGUCAUUAUAGUGAGAUAAAAAAUAUACAUAAAUAUAACUGAGUCAUAUAGCAAAGAUAGAUAUAACUCCGUAAUAGAUGGAUACAGUCUAAGGAAAAAACGUGCCUCCAAAAGCAAGAAAAUUUGAUUCUCGCUCAGAGGGCGCUACUAGUUUUGGCUUACAGUCGUAUAGAUGGCGUUGACGGUUUCGUUUGUUAUUUAACAAUUUUAACGAAUAUCAGUGAAAGAACAUGGGUCAAAAUCAUAAAAAUAAUUAAUGCAAAUAAAAAAAUCAUUUAUCUAUAUUUAAAUACAUUCUAUCGUAUUUUUAUAAAUCUUCAUUUUUAGUUUUAAAGAUGGCACUGAAUUUACUGGGGUUACAAAAUUUACUAUGACAGUACCGCUCUAGUAUAAGUUACUCUAUGCAUAUAGUGAGUGUCAAAUAUAGUCACAAAAAUCGCAGCAUCGUCAAUUUAAAGAAACAGCUUAUCCGAGUAGGUACCCUAGAAACCUAAUAUUUUUCUAGGAUUUUACAAAAUGUGCCAUUCACAAUCAAAAGGGUACUUAUUGUCGGUUGUCUAUUAGGCGCUAUUGCCAUAUAGCUUCCGUUUGAAAUCAACCUUAUUGACAAGCGACAAUGUGGUACCUUUUGGUUAAAAUGUCACAAAUAUGCGUGAAAUUCUAGUAAAUAUUAUACUUCGUUUUUUAGCAUUAGAAAAAGGUGAACAAUCUCUUGACGUGUAUUUUUAAUAAAAAACACUUGAAAAAUAAGUUACAAUAGGUCUUUGGGUAUAUCUAUGUCUGUAAUUAGUUUAUAUAGCUUCAGGAACCAUAGUUGAAAUAAUACAGCGAAUUUAAGUUUUUCAUAUAAAACUUGUUUUUGCUCUAUGUCGUUUGUUUUAUAAACUGGAGCUAUAUAAACUAAUUACAGACCUAGAUAUACCUCAUGUCAUUGUAUGUGCAAAGUUUCAUUACAAUCCAACACGUAGUUUUAAAAUGAAAACGAAACACCGUUUGUAUGGGAAGGUGAAAUUCGGCCGAGCUUCCUGCGGACUCUUAAUGAGAAUCGUUUUACAAGUGCCUCUAUUUGCACCUCAUGUAAUUAUUGUAAGAUAAUGUAAAUGGGAAAAUAUUAUUGUAUUAAAAAUGCAUACCUUAAUGAA